AUGGGAUUUUGGAUAAAUCUUUUACUUUUUGUAAGCGGUUCUAUUGUGUUGUACUUCAUUAAACAGUAUUUUAAUGGAGGAAUAUGCACUUUGAAGAAAGAUAUUUCAAAUAAAAUCGUAAUUAUUACAGGAGCUUCAGGAGGAAUAGGAUUAGAAAUAGCAAGAUGUUUAGCAGCGAUGGGAGGAACUAUUAUAUUUGCAUGUAGAGAUGCUCAAAAAACUCUUGAAAUUAUUGAAGAAAUAAAAAAAGAAACUGAAAAUGAAAAACUAGAAUAUAUUCCUUGCGAUUUAAGUAAAUUGGAUUCUGUAAAUUAGUUUUGCUUACUAUUUAAGAGGAGGUUUAGCUAGGUUGAUAUCAUUAUCAAUAAUGCAGGUACUAUGAAGAAUAGAUAUGAUAUAAGUGAAGAUGGUUACGAAAUGAAUUAUGCAGUUAAUCAUUUGGGACAUUUUGCUCUCACAUAUUAACUGCUUGAUUUGAUUAGAAGAAAUCCUAGAUGUAGAGUUAUCAAUGUUUCUUCUUCAUCUCAUUCUAAAAUUGACGAAAUAGAUAUAGGAAAACUCUCUGAUGAAGAUUAUUUUGACCCCUAUUUUUCUUAUUACAGAACCAAACUUUGUAAUUUGUUAUUCACUAAAGAGCUAUAAAGAAAAUUAGAAAAAGUAGGUGCUAAGGUAGUUGCAGUUCAUCCUGGUACAGUUAGAAGUAAUUUAAUCGAUGAAAUUCUUGAUGAUAGUAAGUUUUAUAAACUUAUAUUUUACCUUAUAUAUCCUAUAUACUGGCUCUUUACCAAAGAUACCUUUUAAGGAGCUUAAACUAUACUCUACUGUGCUUUAGAAAAGCAUGAGAGACUUAAAGAAGGUGGAUAUUAUAGCGAUUGUGAGUUAAAUACUCCUUCAGAAUUAUCAGAAAAUAAAGAGUUAGCUAAAUAGUUAUGGGACGAUAGUGCUGUUGCUUUAGGAUUUAUUUGA